AUGGCCGCCGUGGCAAGCCCCGCCCUCCCCUCCUCGCUGUUGCUUCGGCUCCUUCUCUCACUCCUGUUUCAAGUUCAAAAUUUUAGAUGCAGUACUAUGAUGAUGCUACUGAACCUUACCAUUUGUAUUUCAUCCUUACCGAACAGGAACCACAGAUUUAGGCUAUGGGUCAAGUGUUUCUGGAUAUCAAAUUCUGCUGUCAAUUCGUGUGCUCAGCCUUUGACGCUAAAGUCUACUAAGACUGGUUCGACUGGAGGACCGUAUGCAGUGUCGGUUAUGCAAGGGUACCAAUACCAUGAACAUAUGCAAGAUCCUGACAAGAGCAAGAUGAUGACUUAUUCGAAGGUGGAGAAGAAUGCCAAGAGCAUAGUAAAGAUCAAGAGUGUGCAUUCUGGUUUUCUUCCAAGUGUGGCAAGGAAAGAAUGCGCUGCUAAUCAUGUCAGAUCAAGAGAUUUUUGCAACAUCAUUUUACAGGUGUGUGUUUGGGGUGCCACUUUUUGUGCCAAUUUAUCACAUCAGAGGGUUGCAAAUGCACCCCGUGAAAUGGCUGGGGACUGCAAUGAAUGUGACAUAGUGAAAGGAGAAGAUCAGAGUCAAAGCGAAGACAACUCAAAGUGUUCUCCUCAGAAAAAAGCCACAGCAAAAGGCAACAUGAUGACUCUUAGUGCAAUCCUAUUUCUUGCCUUGAUAUUGAGUGCCAGACACCAGAUCAUAAAAAUAAUGAAGUCAAAGGGCCUUGACACCAAGCGUUCCAUCAUUCUGUUAUCUUCAUGCCUGUGCGUGGUCAAAUCAGUCUAUGGUGCACUAAAAGAGGCUAAGGAUGCUGGCGAACUAGUCAUGUUCUAUCUGGAUGUAGCAAAGAAAGGAGACAAACCGAGGUGA